AUGAGUAGUGCCUCCAAUUCUCAGCGCAAGUACAACAAUAUCACGCUCAAGACAUUAACAGCUUACCAGCUGAUGUCGCAAAGAGAACGGAUGUGUGAACUGUUCCAACUGUUAGAUGAUUCGGAACGUCAUGAACAUAUUGUCAAUCCUUUGAAACAGGAGAACAUCUGCAACUCGAUGAAAGAGAACCUAAGAGACAUAAAGAAUGAGUUGGGUACCAAUUGA